AUGCUGAGGAUGGUCGCAGGCAGAUGUCCUUUCGCCGUUCUUUGCGUGGCGCGCAAUGCUCCCCUCGUGACCGUCCGCAAAGUCUGGAUGGCCGAAGCCAGGCGCUGGCAUCCCGACAAGCGGCACCAGGACACGGAGAAGGAGCACAAAGAUGCCCGGCAAAGGUUCGAAGAUGUCCACGAAGCCUACCAAGCAAUCUUCGACUAUUACCGCGACGUGGAGCCGAAGCUCGAAGUUCGCGAGCCGAGCGAGGAGGCCUCGAAACACCAUUGUGACUUCUAA